AUGGCCGAAGCCCCCGAGCCUACCGCGACUACUGGUCGGCUUAUUAUAAGCUAUCUCCAAAACACCAGGAGUGGGGCCACAGUCUCUGACAUAAUACAGCAUCUUCAAACUAAAAGUGGGAAGGAGUCUAACGAUUUGAAAGAUACGAGAUGUGUGGGAGGCGACGAAGGAGUAGAUGUAGGCGACGAAGACGUCGGACCAGACGACGAUUCAGCCAACGAAGGAGACGAAGACGACGAAUUUGCCGCUGUGGCUAGCUCCCCGUACCAUAACCAAAACCCAGUCAGACAACAG